ACCAAAUCCGCGCUCGCGCACGAAAUCCAUUUACACUCGGGUAGUAGAGAGGGCCCUGAUCGAGUCACUUUGCUCCGUCAAUCAAACAAUCCGUUCGGUUAAAGCUCCGGACAAACGUUAAUCCGUGCUGAGAGCGUCGGUGGUCCCUCGGUGAAACACAGUGACAGAGCAGGAGCGGUUUGGAGAGGAAGAAUGGCGGAUUCGAGCAGCACUGCAGCAGCGGUCGGGGCCGCAGGCUCCAACUGCGCUUCUGCUGCCGGGGCGCCUCUCCCGGUUGCGCAGGAUGGAGCGCCCGCAGCUGUGGGAGCCAAGCCCGCGUGCGAGUCCGUGAAGGGCCAGAUGUUUGAUGUUGGCCCCCGCUACACGAACCUGUCUUACAUCGGGGAGGGGGCGUACGGAAUGGUUUGCUCUGCUAUGGACAACGUGACAAGCCAGCGUGUAGCCAUCAAGAAAAUCAGCCCAUUUGAGCACCAGACGUACUGCCAGCGCACACUGAGGGAAAUCAAGAUCCUGCUGCGUUUCCACCAUGAGAAUAUCAUCGGCAUCAACGACAUUCUCAGGGCACGGCACAUUGACAACAUGAGGGAUGUCUACAUCGUGCAGACUCUGAUGGAGACGGACCUGUACAAGCUGCUGAAGAGCCAGAGGCUGAGCAACGACCACGUGUGCUACUUCCUCUACCAGAUCCUGCGAGGCCUCAAGUACAUUCACUCAGCCAACGUGUUGCACCGUGACCUCAAGCCCUCCAACCUGCUCAUCAACACCACCUGCGACCUCAAGAUCUGUGACUUUGGCCUGGCACGUAUAGCCGAUCCCGAGCACGACCACACAGGUUUCUUGACUGAGUACGUGGCUACACGUUGGUACAGGGCUCCAGAAAUCAUGCUCAACUCAAAGGGCUACUCCAAGUCCAUUGACAUCUGGUCAGUGGGCUGCAUCCUGGCUGAGAUGUUGUCCAACAGGCCCAUCUUUCCUGGGAAACACUACUUGGACCAGCUCAACCACAUACUGGGCAUCCUUGGCUCUCCAUCUCCAGAUGAUCUGAACUGCAUUAUCAACAUGAAGGCGAGGAACUACCUGCAGUCUCUGCCUCAUAAAAACAGGAUCCCCUGGGAAACUCUCUACAAGGCAGACUCCAAAGCUCUGGACCUGCUGGGCCGCAUGUUGACCUUUAACCCCAUGAAGCGCAUCAGCGUUGAGGAGGCCCUGGCUCAUCCUUACCUGGAGCAGUACUACGAUCCCACAGAUGAGCCGGUAGCAGAGGAGCCCUUCACCUUCUCCAUGGAACUGGAUGACCUUCCCAAGGAGAAGCUGAAGGAACUGAUCUUUGAGGAAACGGCUCGUUUCCAGGAAACCUACCAGGGCUCCUGAGACACACAGCCCUAAAGUGACAAAGCCACCCAGAGGCUUGGAACAAGAAGACCCCAAAAUGACAUGCUAAAACAAAAAGAAAAAUGCAUCUUCAAGAAACCAACAAAAAGAGAAAACAAGAAAUGAACAUUUAACUGCUUAUCUUUCCAUUUCUACUGCAAGAGAGCUAAGUCUAACUUUGAUUUCUGUGGUUGGGUGGGGUGGUAGGGUCUGUUGUACUCAUACUGUUUCAGUUUUGUCCAUGUUGGACUCUCCCUCCUCUCACCUCACAUUUUGUUCUCCCGUUAAAAUCCUGUCUCAUCCUGUCCCAUCCAGAGUAACUCACUAUCCCCCCUCCUGUCCCGAUCAAACCCCCGGUUCCUCCUCUCCUGCACCUGUCGCUGAUCUGUCUGUCUGAGCUCUCCUCUCUCUGUCGCUCCCUCUCAUAUAAACUACUGUAUUAACCAACACCAUAACUCUCUUGUCUUGCUCCAUGUAAAUUACAACCUGAAAAAAAUCGAGGGCUAAAAGAACGGGGAUGCUAAUCGGGUGUAUGUAUAUACAAAAGUAUAAAAGCUUUUUUUUUUUUUUUUUUUUUUUUUUCCCCUUUUUCUUUAAGUGUGCUCGUCGCAGUUUUUGUUUGUACACCGUUGUUUGAAUGUUUUCGGAUCAAUUCAGAGUCGUAUCUGUUUAUAUUUGCAGUUUUUUUAUUUUGAACACUUGAAUUUUGAGCAUUCAGUGUUUUUACUGGCAUGUUGGCAGGUUUAAAGUUCUCUUUGUCGUUGCUCUUUCUUUUGUUUUGUUUUUGUUUUCCGAAAAACAAACAAAACUGUGUAUGAUGUUCAUAUGAAUGCAUGCAUUCCUGAAAUUAACCAAAGUGGCAGAGAGAUGCAGGAAACUUGGCUGGGAAGCAACUAAGGAAUAUCUAUCGGAGUUUAAUAAUACACUUCUUGACCUAUAACUCAUAAAAGGGCAGACAAACUGAACUCCCCCUUCAUUUGUGGAAAGCUGGUUAUAUUCAUGAGGUGCGACAUGAUUGGAACAAACAGAAAGCAACAUAAUUCCUAUUCAGAUAACAGUGAUACCUACGCCCCAUUUUCCAGAACAUUCAUAUUACUCUGUGCCACAUCAAAACAUUUUUUUUUCACCUGACUUAAUGUAAGUUUUGUGCAAGACUUUUUUUCCCCCAAAUUGCAUGAAACAGAGAGCAAGCAGUGCCAGAAUACUGAUGUGAGACACUGGUAUAACAUCACUGUAUCAUCUACAUUUGGCUUCACAACACCCUUUUCUGUAAAACACAACAUCAAAUAGCAGAUCCAGUGUCAGCAUCACAUUCCUGUAUAGAAUUACAUUCUCCUCUUGAUCCUAAAUGUCACUGGAUCCUCUGUAUCUAAGGCCAAGUCUGAUAACACAUACAGUAUUCUGGAAAAUGGGGCCUGAUUGACAUCCCAUCCCACCGUGCUGUUUUUGCACUGUGUUUCUAUUUGCUGCCGCUUGACCCAGGACGAUAGAGCUGCAAUGAUUAGUCGUUUAAUCAAUUAGUAGAUCAAAAAAUGUCAAACAUUUGCUGGUUUCAGCUUCUGAAAUGUGAGAAUUUGCUGCUUUUCUUUGUCAUCUGUGAUCGUAAAUGAAGAGUCUUUGGUUCAGGGCUGUUGGUUGGACAAAAGAAGCAAAUUGAAAAUGUUACUUUGGGUUUUGGGAAAGUGUGUUGAGCAUUUUUUGACAUUUUAUAGACUAAACGAUUAAUCAUGAAAAUAAUUGUUAACAACAAUCGUGAACAGUCGUUAGUUGCAGCAUUAUAAAACAACAGUAUGGAGUCAAACAUGUGCGCAGGCUGGCGAAGACCCAGAUCUAAACAAAUUUACGUAUUCAAAGUGGCCAGUUUAUUUUUAAAAAAAAGCACUUUCCAACAUCCCUUUUUACAGAUAAUGAUCUUUCCGGCUCAUUGAUGUGAGUGUUGAAUGUAAAUGUCCUGAAUAUCUGGAGUCGUGUCGCUGCAGCUCGCAAAACUGUGGAGUUUUACAAGAACAGCACCUCUUUUACGACUACUGAGAAAACCAUAGGUGUCGCUGAUGAAUGCCGCGUUCACGUCAUAUGGGAUGGACGGCAGAGCUGAAAAGAAACAACUUGCAAGCGUCAUCGAGACGGUUGUAUGAUUAGAGUUGAUUGCGCUGACUAUAGAACACCAUAUCCUUUUAAAAUUUUGAUUUAAUCACAAGGAACGACGGCUUUUGGCCAAUGUGAGGCAUUCAUAUUUGUUCAGCUUUCGGGCACUCCUAUAUUAGUAAGUGACAAGUCGUAAGUAUCGCAGCUUUCAGAAAAGUUGUUGCUACAACUUGGAAGUAAAAGAUGUAAGACGUAAACAAUAUGUCAAAGACAGAAACUUUGUAAUUUUGAUAAAAGUUCAACACCAUUUCUUCCCUUCCGAUUUCUGAGCAUGUAAAUUUGCUAGAUUAUUGAUAGAUAAUGUUGUAUUUGAUCAGACCAUAGACUUAUUUACUCGCUGAUGCAGCAUGUUAGGCAGUAUUGGAGGCAUUUCUAAAACUAUCAAUUUGGUAUCAUUAUUGUAACAACUCUAGUGAUAACUUCAAUAUGACGUGAAUGCAGCAUAAUCGGCAACAUAAUAGUCAAACCCAGGAAUGUCAGAGUGCUGUACAGUUAUUCUGGCUCAGUGCACAGCCAAGCAGCUACCAUCACUCCAUGGUUGUACAGUGUAUAUAUUCCCUCCCUACCCAUUUUACUUCUCCUUCGCCUGUGUGCUUUCCGCUUAACAUACUGGAUGUUUACUCUUCAAUGUGGGUGAUUCAAGGCUGCAUUGUUCCUCAGAUGGCUUCUCAUGUUUCUUUGCAUGUGUAUUACGUCUGUGUUUAUCGUCCUCCUCUCUUUGUUCUGGAUGUGACUGUACUAACUGCUCAGCUCAGUCUGCACUAAUCUCUGCCUGUUGCACUGGGACCAGUAGAGAAGCCUCCUCCCUCCUCCCCACAAACAAAAAAAUGGACCAACACAUGCACUGGAUCCUCGUUAUCUCUCUCAGGGCAGGCCUGUGAUGUGAUGUGAUGUGAUGUCACUGGCCUCGCCCUCUCACAGCAAAAAUCAUUGAUUUGUCUUUACGGGCAUCAAAGGCUGUUUUCUCAGAAGCCAUAGCCAGCACUCUGGGAUCGGUGUGAGGCUUUUUGGUGCAUGUGGUGAUACUCAUCCUUUUGUUCAACUUCCCGACUCUCACCACGCUUUACUCAAAGGGCUGCCUCCCCCUUCUUCCUCCUCCUCCUCCUCCUCCUCCUCCUCCUCCUCCUCCUCCUCCUAGUCCUCCCUCCCCUGUCUGCUUCUCCACAGUGGGAUUGGUAACUCAUAUCACUGACUUUGCUGCCACUGUCCUCCUCCAGAAAAUAAUUACCCCCAUCUCAUUGGGAUCACACAUCAUGGAUGGUCAUACAUGCAGGAAACUUGCAUAACUCAAUCAGCACGCCUGCACUUUGUCUUUCCAGCCGCUCUCUCUCCCCCUGCGAGGUUGUUUUCGUCUUGUAUCCUCCCUUUUCAGCUUUAAGUUUCGCCUGCGUUGUGUGUGUUAAAGCUCAUGGAUCGUCUGCAGUAAUUUAUGCGUGUGUACAAGUGUUUGUGUAUCUGCUCAUCAGUAAAGCCAAGACUCUUUUUGUCCUGUGUGUUUCGGGCCCUCUCCCUGCAGUUACCUGUGCUUUCACAUCUGUAAGAUUUUCUUUGUUUUGUAUGUAUUUCAUAUGUAUAUUUGGUCACCAGUCAACCAGGCCCUGCUCGCUCGUUUUUCUUUCUGUCCAACCGACCUGCCACCAGACCAAACAUCUCACUGGGUAACCAUGGGAACGAACCAAGAGGACCACAUUUUUUUGCAAUCCUCCUGACGCACUCACACACGCACUUCUUUCUGAGGAGUGUACCUGUGUGUUUGUGAAAAGUUGCACUUAAACACACCAUAUACAUUCACACAGUAUCGAUGAGUCUAAAGGCCUGUCCGUCACGAGGCCUGUUUCCAGAUAUUGUUGUUUUUAAAUGGCUGUUCUUAUUAUUGCUAUUGUUAUAUUGGUGAGUUGUUGUAUUUCUUUCUUUCUUUUUUCUUUUGUUGUUUUUUUUUACAUGAAAGGGAGUUAAAGUUGUAUCAUUUUUUUAAAUAAUUAGGAUGUUUUUAUUUGUAUUUUUUUCUUCUUCCUUAUUUCUCUUAUGGGCGUGAUUAUUAUUGGCAGUGUUUUCAAUCUUUCUGAAACCUUUUUUUCUUUGAUUUUCCCCUCCAGGAUCUUAUAAGGAAUUAUUUUAAAAGAAGAUAUAAGUAGAUUGUCAAAGAGAUAUGAGUUAUUGAGGGUUAUAGUCUGUAUAUUCUAUGGGUAUUAUGAAUUAAACGAUUAACAAAGAAACAGAAUUAUAUACAUAUAAUAAAAUAAAAUUUCCUGAUACUGUUACA